AUGUUUGAUGGUCUGAAAAUCAGUUCCACUAGUAGGCCUCGUCAGGGCAAAGCGAAGAGUGAUACCAACCUAUGCAUUGAUACCCAUGAUACCAUCUCUAAAUCGUUUGACGAUGAUGCCUCCUCCGACAAUGAGAUAUUAUUUGACUCACAACAAUCACCAGAUAUGACCACCAUCAGUGGUAGUUUCCAAUCGCCACUUACCCCAUUCAUCGUAGACUCUGCUACCUUUACUCAUAAACCAAUAUUAUUAGAAUUAGAGAACGAAAUCUCCUCCAUAUGUGCAAGAGUUCAAGGCUCAGUGCCAAAGUCCUCACUUUGCAUAGAUGAAAGGCUCUAUUCUGUCAAAAUAGGAAGACUUGUUGGAACCGGUGGCGACUCAAGAAUAUUCGAUUGCACUCUUACCGGUAACGUUCCCAAUAUACCACUUCCACGUGAACCACUCGUGAUUAAGAUACCUUUGAAUAAAUACGGAUGCCGAUACAUUGAACGGGAAGCACAGGUGCUUUCAAAGCUCAAUGGAGAUACCCGAUUUUUGCAUUCGUAUGGGCUGUACAACCUAUCCUCCAAAGAAUAUCCUAGAUGUCCAAAAGAUACCCAGUUUCCCUCCCUAGUAUUACCCAAGAUGGAUACCGAUUUAGAAAAUUUUAUAAACUCCUUAGACGCUGAUGAGCAUGUGGAGGGAGUCUUUAUUGGAAAAGAUAGAUGGUGGAGUUUAGCAACCUGUCUUUUCCAAGGCCUACUCUCAAUGGAACUUUCUGGAAUUGUCCAUUGCGAUUUAAAAACAUCAAACAUUUUGAUGAAGGGAGAGUCCUUCUCAAUUGCAGACUUUUCUUCUGCAAGAUUUUAUUAUAGUUCUCCUGUUGACAAGGAGCAAAGAGGUACCCUGACAUUCACUGCUCCAGAGCUGUUGAAGUUGGACGCUGAACCUCCAAGUUUCCAUACAGAUCUGUUUUCCGCAGGUUUGAUUCUUCUCCAUGCCGCCACAGGCAAGGAGCCUUACAGUGGAAUUCAUAACAAUACACAACUGAUGCUGCUAGCCAAAACAGGUGCUAUUUGGAAGUUACUAGAUCCCGAAUCCCUUUCAAGGCUGAAUGAAGACAGCAACAUUUAUAAGAUGCUGCAUAUGAUCCUCGUGGAGAGAUGCCAGCUACACCAAUUACAGAGCUACUUCUGA